AUGACCAACUCCUGUUGCUCCCCUUGCUGUCAGCCCACCUGCUGCAGGACCACCUGCUGCAGGACCACCUGCUGGAGACCCAGCUGUGUGAGCAGCUGCUGCCAGCCCAGCUGCUGUGGCUCCAGCUGCUGUCAGCCUUGCUGCCAGCCCACCUGCUGUAGGACCUGCUUCCAGCCAAGCUGUGUGAGCAGCUGCUGCCGCACACCCUGCUGCCAGCCCUGCUGCUGUGUGUCCAGCUGCUGCCAGCCUUGCUGCUGCAAGCCCAGCUGCUGCAAGCCCUGCUGUCAGCCCUGCUGCUGCAAGCCCUGCUGCUGCAAGCCUUGUUGUCAGCCCUGCUGCUGCAAGCCUUGCUGCAAGCCCUGCUGCUGCCAGCCCUGCUGCUGCCAGCCCUGCUGUGAGCCCUGCUGCUGCAAGCCCUGCUGCUGCAAGCCCUGCUGCCAGCCCUGCUGCUGUGUGUCCAGCUGCUGCCAGCCUUGCUGCUGCAAGCCCAGCUGCUGCAAGCCCAGCUGCUGCAGGCCCUGCCUCAAGCCCUGCUGUGAGCCCUUCUGCCUCAACCUGUGCUGCCAGCCAGCUUGCUCUGGACCUGUGACCUGCACCAAGACUUGGUACCAGCCCACAUGUGUCUGUGUGCCUGGCUGCCUGUCCCAAGGCUGUGGGUCCAGCUGCUGCGAGCCCUGUGGCUGCUGA